AUGACCAAACGGAACCAACUUACCACACACCUGAACCGCGCAAUCCAACGCUCAUACCAACACUACAAACAUAUGAUCCAUGAACACGGGGACAAAUGCGGGAGACUACUAGCGAAUCUCCUGAAGCAACGCCGUAACCAACUAUAUAUCCCGAAAAUCAAAGACGCACACCAACAACUCAGGCACCUACCGGAUCAGAUCUCGACAGCGUUCGACGACUACUACCAGGACCUAUAUUGCCUCCACCAAGCCACUCCGGAAACACAGAGAUCCCAUAAAGUGGAGGACAUCCGCAGAUACCUGGACACGGCAAAUGUACCGGGAAUAGAGAAGGUGGACCAAGAAGCACUAGAGGCCCCCAUAACGCCCAAGGAAUUGGCGCACGCCAUCAAAAAAGCAAACACGGGCAAAGCACCGGGGGCCAGAUGGCAUGCCCCUUCAAUAUUACAAAACCUUCGCAAAUGA